GUAAACAUCGAGAAGUCGUGGCGGAGAUCGGCGGAAGAGGAGCAAUUCCAGAUAUUUAUUGAAUUAUCUGGAGAUUUAAACGUGAGAUUGCUUUGAAAAUGGCUGAUUCUGAAGGAGAAUAUGAUUUGGAUUCUCUUGCCGCUAUGUUGGAGGACGAUGACAUGACACCACAGGAGGAGAAAGAGGACUUGGAUGCUCUUGCUGGACUCCUAGACGAUGAUGAUGACCUUCCAGGGACAUCAAACACCUCCAUGACACAACCCAGUGCUAGUGCAGAUUCACCCAAAAAUGCCAGUAUGGUGGAAUUGGGUUUGGUCAUGUCUGAUGAUGAGGAUGAGGCCAAAGCCCCUCCCCAGAAGGCCAAGUCAGGCUUUGGUGCUGCAUUUUCAGGCUCCAGAUUUUCCAAGGGUGGAACAGACAGAUCAGAAAAGCCCAAAGACUUCGAUCCACUGGAGGCCGAGCUGAAGCAGAUGGAGGAACGCAUGAAUCUCCUGAGGGAACAGCUUUCCAAGAAGAAGAAAUUUGAUCACAAAGGUGAAGACUCAGGAGCCAGAAGAUUCACAAAACUAACCAACGUAGCUCAAGAACGCAGCCAGGUCGUAAGGACUCUCUCUGACAAGGAGGAAGCGAAACUGUACCAGGGACUCAAGAAGAAGAGUUUACUGCAUGGGGGGGAGACUGAUUCCGAAGAUGAGGACGACAACAGAAAUCCCUUUGAGCAGCAGUUGAAUGAGUAUGGUCGAGAUAUCAAGAAACGCAUUGCACACUCCUCAGACGAGAGGCCAACAGACUCCAGAAAACAGGAAAUCUUGAAUAAGAUGAAGAGUCCACCUGCAAAGAACCCCGGGUGGAAGGAGCUCAGUGGGUCUCUAGUGUCCUUGAAGAGCGGUGGUAUGCCGACCCCUGAAAGUGAAAAGAACGUGUCUGUUGACAGGUUUUCUGGGAUCAGGAUUGUUAACCCCCUGGUAUCAGGAGAUGUGAUGGCCGAGAGAAUGGAGGGACGAAAGAUGGUUCGCAUGUGUACCAUCAACCUGCAUUUGAGAGGGGGAGAGAUUGAAGGCGAUUGGGUUACCAUUGGAGUUCUUGUUUCAAAAAGCCAAACCAAGACAUCGCAGAAGGGGUCACAAUACUCCAUAUGGAAACUGAGUGACCUUUCUGACUGCACAAAGACCGUGGGCUUAUUCCUUUUCUCUGGAGCUCACAAGCAUUUAUGGAAAAGCAGUGUUGGAACUGUGGUGGGCCUUCUGAAUCCUCAGAUUAUGAAAGACAGACAAGGUGACAAGUGCACAGAUUUGCUUACCCUCUCUAUUUAUGAUCAAAACAAAGCAAUGAUUAUGGGUUCUUCUAAGGAUCUGGGAUGGUGCAAAGGCAGAACAAAACAGAAUUCCCAGUGCAGAAAUUUUGUAAACAAGGCUUCAUGUGAAUUCUGCAUGUUUCACAUUCAAAGGGAGUAUCAAAAGACAUCAUCCAGGCGUGCAGACAUCCAGUCAUCCUUCACUAGAGUAGAUCCAAGAGCCAGAUUACAAGAAAAGAUCCUUGGCAAAGAUCAGGUUUUCUAUGGUGGGCAGUUGUACUCUUCCCCAGCUCCAGGAAAUGCACCGAAACAGGCAAAAGCAAAUCGAGGGAAGGACUUAGCCACUCUGAACUCUCUCAAAUUGAAACUGAAGACAAAUGAGCUGAAGGAAGAAGACAAGAAGAAGUCUUUUGUUCUGAAACACAUGAGCAAUGAAGAAAUCAGUGCAGUUCAAAGGGUUGCCAAAAAGAAUGAAAGUCUGAGUGAAAUGCUUCUAGCACCAACACCAGGGGCACGCAACCUUUUGUGCCACAUGGCCAAAAAAAAUACACAACAAAAAAUAGAAACCGGUGAAAUUCGUAGUGUGUCAGCCAAGGAACUACUUGCUAUGCAGCAUAAACAGAUGCAAUCAUUAAAGAAACAGAAACAAGGGCUGAGUCAGGAGUCACUGCCUUCAGCCAAGAGCAUGCUGAGCCAGCAGUCAUCACCCUCAACAGGAAGACCAAAGCUCUCAGCCUUCCCAGGUCCAUCCACUCCCAUGCUAGGUCGAGGGCUUCAGCCAGGAGAGGAAGUGGAGCUCGACUUUACAUCACCUCCAAGAAGGCUAGAUCCCGCGAAGGCAAGAGCAUUAGCCUUAGUGCAGAAGAAGGGAGGCAUUGAGGCAUCAAACCGAAAUGAGGAGAGGAAUGCAAGAAAGUCUUCAGACCAAAAGUUCCAGGAGAAAGUGAGGAAGAGACUGAAUACCUCUUCUGAUUCAGAGAGUGUUGAACAACCCAGUAAAAGGUCAAGGUUAGCUGAAGCAGUGUCUUCAUCCUCACCAAGGUCAAAACUAGGAUCCAUUGAUGUCAACUCUGAUAAGUUUAAGGCCAUGCUUGAGCAGAAGUCAAGACACACCAAUCUUAUAAAUGCAGUAGAGGAUGAAGCUGUAGAGAAAUAUUACAAGAACUUAGAAAAGAAGGAGAUGCUUGAAGAUAAGAUGGCCUCCAUUAUGGAAAUACCAACCACGGCGUAUGUGUGUCUACAGUGCAAGUACAUGGCCCAGUCAGCCUCAGACAUGUGUCGAGAAGAGAACCACCCUCUGAAGACUGUGAAGGCAAAGAAGAGAUUCUUUGAAUGCAAAAAUUGUAAAAGAAGAACAUCAUCCCUGGACAAGCUUCCAAGAAAUCCAUGUGGCCAUUGCAAUCACAGUUCAUGGCAAAGAUGUGCAAUGGGCAAGGCUAAAUCUGGACCAAAACUGGAUUCAGAAGUUUUGUCUUUAAGAGGAGAUGAACUAGCCCAUUACAGCGCAAGCAGCAAUCAAGUUUAUCUUCAUAUUUAGGAAAAUUGAAUGACCAAAAAUGUUUUAGACUUUAAUGAAACCUAACACCAGAGUUAAUUGAUUUAGAAGAAAAAUACCCAGUGUACAGCUGUGAAAGUGUUGUCUGGGUGUUUAAAAUUUUGUGACAUGUAUCACACAGAUACAAAUGUUUUAUUUAUUUUUAAAGGAUAUUUUUUAGAAACAAAUGGUGCCUUUUCAGCUAUAUAUUUUAUUAAUAGUGUUUAAAUAUAAAAAAAAAGAAAAAUA